ACUGCAGGUCGAUACAGACACUCUUGCUGUGUUUUCUGUCACUCAUAGACACAAACCCAGCGCAUAUAGUGGCUUGUCAUGUAUGUCAAGUCUAUACUUUGGAUCCUGGUCUUCAUCUCUGCCCAGGAGGUGUCCCUGCAGGAGGAAGAGUAUUAUUAUGAGGAACUGUACAUAGAUCCACAGCCUCUUAACUGUUCAACUACAGAGAGCAUCAAAGGCGGAAAUGUCACCUACUCACAGGGAGGUCUGGAGGGAAGUGUGCUUACCUAUCACUGUGGCCCGGGGCAGUACCCUUUCCCGGUCAGUUACAGGCUCUGUGGUGCUGAUGGGGAGUGGUCGCUCAUGAGAAUAGCCAAUGGCAGACCGGUGUCAAGGGCCACAUGCAAAGACGUUCUGUGUCCAGCUCAGAUCCAGCUUGAUCAUGGCGACUUCUGGCCCAGGAAUCAGUGGUUCCGUGUUGGGACAGCGCAGACCUUCUCCUGCCUGGAAGGGUUCACCCUGUAUGGGUCAGCCCAGAGGCACUGCACCCUCUCUGGGGAGUGGACAGGGACCACUCCUGUCUGUGACAACCAUGCUGACGAAUGUAACGAUCCAGGGAUCCCACCAGGGGCCCAGAGGUCAGCAGGUCGGUUUAACACUGGAGAGAAGGUGGUCUACCGGUGCCAGGCUGGUCUGGAUCUGCUCGGGUCGGCUGAAAGGGUUUGCCUGGAGAACAGGGAGUGGAGCGGCUCAACACCACGGUGCCAAGGUCUGAAUACCUUUGACUCCCCCGAAGUUGUGGCUGAAGCCAUGGCAGGGUCACUUGCAGGAAUCAUGGACGUAGUCUCAUUAGACUCCAAAAAGGAAACUGCAAGAACAUCCUUUGGCCGAACCAUCCAUGUGGCUGAUGGCAGUCGUAUGAAUAUCUACAUUUUACUGGACACAUCAGGAAGCAUCAAAAAGCAGGACUUUGAACUAUCCAGGAAUGCCACCAUUGCUCUUAUCAGAAAGUUGGACAGCUACGAGGUACAGUUGAAGUUCCAUGUGUUGUCAUUUGCCAGUGAAGCUAAAGACAUUGUAGACAUCAGAGACACAGAUAUAAGUAGUAGCACCGAGGAUGUCAUAUGGAAUCUGAUGGAUUUCGACUACCAUAGCCACGGGCAAAAGACAGGCACCAAUCUCCACUCUGCACUGCUCCGUGUCAGUGAGGUGAUCAGCUUCUUGAAGCAAAACAGUGCCAAGAACCACUUUAAUGAGACUCAGAACAUCAUCAUCAUAGAAACAGACGGUUACUCCAACACAGGCACCAAGCCUCAGUUCACUCUGGCCCAGAUCCGGCACCUGCUGGGCUACAGCACCACACUCAAAGAUCACACAGAUGAGACAUUGCUAGAUGUCUAUGUAUUUGGUGUGGGGGACCAAGUGAACAAAGAUGAGUUGAACUCCUUAGCCUCAAAGAAACGUGGCGAGCAGCAUUUCUUUGUUCUGAAAGACUUCAAAACACUGGGAGAGGUGUUCAACAGCAUCAUUAGUGACAAAAGUGUGACAAUGUGUGGGGUAGCUCAGGAGGACGUCUCCAAGGAACAGGAGAAGGGUGGGACACGAGUCUACACCAAGCCCUGGCACGUCACUCUGAAAGCAUCUGAGUGGGGGCCUAAGAAGUCGUGUUUUGGAUCCAUCGUGAGCCAGAACUGGGUGCUGACAGCCGCUCACUGCUUUGCCAGAGCGAGCACAGACAAAGUCCCCUACCAAGUGGACAUAGAACAUGGUGAUGGCACGGCGAGGUCAAACACGGUGAUCAUGCACCCCAAUUAUAACGUCAACUCACUUAAACACAGAAAUGUAUCUGAGUUCUAUGACUACGAUGUAGCUCUGGUGAAGGUGAACAGGAGUAUCCCUCUAUCCUGGAAGGCCAGACCUAUCUGCUUGCCAUGUACCGUACCAGCCAGCCGAGCCAUGAAAAGAAUCAACUCUACCUGUCAGGAGCACAGGAAGGAACUACUUCAUCAUGAGGAGACUGCUGCCUUUUUCAUCCAUAAGAACUUGGAACGUAAAGAAACACAUAUUCACACAAAGAGUCAGAGGCCUGGCUGUGUGGAGAAGGCCAGGCAAACACUGACAGAGCCCACAGAUGUGACUUUGGAUGAGUACAUACCUGACCGAUUCCUCUGCUCUGGGGGCACCUCCGGAUACCAGGAUGCAAUCACCUGCAAAGGAGACUCUGGUGGAUCCCUGUUUCUGCAAAAAAGAAAGCGCUACUUUCAGGUGGCAGUAGUGAGCUGGGGCACCACAGAUGUAUGUGACCCACUCAACUCAGCUGUGAGAGGAUACAACAGUGACAGGCCGCCUCCUGAUGCUCGAGACUUUCACAUCGAUCUCUUCAAGAUAAUGCCAUGGCUGAAAAAGCAUCUGGGUGAGCAGAUCCAAUUCCUGCCUGAGAUCAACUGAGAGGAUCCAGAAUCAGUCUGCAGUGAUCCACUUGGAUUAAGCCAUAAUAACACAGUGCAGAAUUCAAUAGAGCUCAUACGGAUUUGGUGACGUCUUUUUUCAUCACACAUGGGAAUGAUCAUAACCAAUCAUAGAUAGUUAUAUCAAGUGUUUUCCAACACGUAACAGUCAAAUGGAAGACCAAUGAUUUUUUUUAGCUGUGUUGCACUCACUUGCAAAGGAAGACUUUUCUGUUAACAAAUCAUACAUUACAUAUUAAGGUAAUUCUGUUUGUUUUUUUCCAUUUU